AUGGGAAGAACAGAAUGCCGGACCGAUCACCAUUUUAUCAGAGCAGGCGUCAAGAGAACAACUCAUUGGAAGUUCGACUCCACAAUGAUAUCGUUUCAGCAGGAUGGUGAAAGAGGCAGCUCAGUCGACACUUGUUCCAAAGAAGAGAGUGCACUAAAUUUGGUCGAUCAGAAUGGGGAAGACAUCAUCGAGUUCCUGGAUGAGAAGCAGAAGGAGUUCAUAGUCUGUCAAAGUGACAUUUCCUUCAAGUAUUUGCAGUGGCGUGAACAAGACCUACUGUGUUCACAUAUAUCUAUCUUAUUCUGUUCAUAUCUAUCUAUCUAUCUAUCUAUCUAUCUAUCUAUCUAUCGCUACUCAUCUAUCUAUCUAUCUAUCUAUCUAUCUAUCUAUCUAUCUAUCUACGAACAGCCUGAGAUAGAUAUCUCUCUGUUCAUAUGUGUGUAUGUAGUAUCUAUCUAUCUAUCUAUCUAUCUAUCUAUCUAUCUAUCUAUCUAUCUAUCUCAGUCUGUUCUAUCUAUGUAUGUAUCUAUCUAUCUAUCUAUCUAUCUAUCUAUCUAUCUAACAAUCUAUCUCUUCUAUCUAUCUAUCUGUGAACAAAUUCAUAUCUUUCAUAUCUAUCUAUCUAUCUAUCUAUCUAUCUAUCUAUCUAUCUCAUUCUUAUCUAUCUAUCUAUCUAUCUAUCUAUCUAUCUAUCUAUAUAUCUCUAUCUAUCUAUCUUAUCUAUCUAUCUAUAUAUCUAUCUAUCUAUCUGUGAACAUAUAUCUAUCUAUCUAUCUAUCUCAUGAACAAUUCAUAUCUAUCUAUCUAUCUAUCUCAUUCUAUUCAUAUCUAUCUAUCUAUCUAUCUAUCUAUCUAUCUCAUUCUGUUCAUAUCUAUCUAUCUAUCCAUCUCAGUCUAUAUCUCAUUCAUAUCUAUCCCAUUCUGUUCAUAUCUAUCAAUCUAUAUCAUUCUGUUCAUAUCUAUCUAUCUAUCUAUCUAUCUAUCUAUCUAUCUAUCUAUCUAUCUAUCUAUCUAUCUCAGUCUGUUAAUAUGUAUGUAGUAUCUAUCUAUCUAUCUAUAUAUAUAUAUCUAUCUAUCUGUGAACAAACUAUCUCGUUCAUAUCUAUCUCAUUCUAUUCAUAUCUAUCUAUCUAUCUAUCUAUCUAUCUAUCUAUCUCAUUCUGUUCAUAUCUAUCUAUCUAUCCAUCUCAGUCUGUUCAUAUGUAUGUAUGUAGUAUCUAUCUAUCUAUCUAUCUAUCUAUCUAUCUAUCUACUAGUGUAGAACCUAAUAAGUGUCUAUCUAUCUAUCUAUCUAUCUAUCUAUCUAUCUAUCUAAUCUAUUUUUUCAAUUGUUUAUAUCUAUGCAUCUGA